CCACCCGCGAGCGCCCCAUUGUUCACUGGCAUCAUUGUUGGUCUGACCUCCCAGCUGCUCAGCCAUGGCCCCCAAGAAAGCCAAGAAGAGGACAGCAGAGGGAGCUAACUCCAACGUGUUCUCCAUGUUUGAGCAAGCCCAGAUCCAGGAGUUCAAAGAGGCCUUCACCAUCAUGGACCAGAACAGAGACGGCUUCAUCGACAAGAACGACCUGAGAGACACGUUUGCCGCUCUAGGACGUCUGAAUGUGAAGCAGGAGGAGAUCGACGACAUGCUGAAAGAGGCUCCCGGCCCCAUCAACUUCACCGUCUUCCUCACCAUGUUCGGCGAGAAGCUGAAAGGGGCGGAUCCUGAAGAGACCAUCCUCAACGCGUUCAAAGUCUUCGACCCUGAGGGGAAAGGGGUGCUGAGGAAGGAUUAUGUGACACAGAUGCUAACAACACAAGCCGACCGAUUCUCCCCUGAAGAGAUGGAGCAGAUGUUCGCUGCUUUCCCCCCCGAUGUGGCAGGAAACCUGGACUACAAGAACCUGGUUCAUAUCAUCACUCACGGAGAGGAGAAAGACCAGGAGUAACAUGUCGAAAUGCUCAUCAAAAACAGAGUCUGUGUCUUUACCCGCUGCUUCUGAUGGAGAAACGGACUGUAUUCUCGGCUCCUGUGCUGGUUUCUCAGCGUCUGUUCAUUACUCACUCAGCACAGAGGAUCCUGACUGAUCCAGAUGUGGACAGCAUCAGCAUUGCGAGCUGUCUCACUCGCCUUCAACAUAUUCUCUCACUCACCUCAGACUAAUGAAAACGAGUGUCCCUCGUCCUUUUGUACAGUUCAAACGAAAACUUUCCCAUUUUUUGUUGCUCAGUUUAUGCGAGUCAAUCAAAUAAAGAUUUUUGAAGA